CAUUUGUUUGCACGCAGGCUUACAAUGCCCCUACUCACAGCGUGCCCAAAUAGCACCACAAUCCAUUCUCUGGACGUUUUUGGCAGUUCCCUGGUCUGGUGCAUGCUGGACAUGGAACAUUUUGAAAGAGUGAAAAUACCACCUUGCAUGCACCGUCAUUUGUUCGAGCACACAAAAUCAGAGGCCAUACUAAGGUAUGGCAAUACUGCUUGGCCAGUGGCUGUUCGAGGUUACACUUUUGACCAUGAAUUUACCAACUUCCUGGUAGAAAAUGACAUCCCAUUUGAUGGCUUUGUACUGCUGCGCCACAUUGGGAAUUUCAUAUUUGAUGUGCUCCUAUUUGACACUGACGGCCACUCUCGCAACCUGGGUGAACCGCCAAAUGCCAACCUUAAUCCCAACCUUUCUGGAGAUCAGUUCUUUGUGUAUGCACAGUCUGCAAUUUCAAACUGCUCAUAUAGGAAACUGUUUAGGCCCCCUUCAUUUCUUUACAUCCCCACAAAAACAACAACGUCAGCCUGUGAGACAUUCCUUAAGAACUGCUGCGAUACCAGGGGUCAAAUACUAAUUAUGCAUGGUGAAAUGCAAGACCCUUUCUAUGGCGGUGAGAUGGAUCUGUUACAAGAAAUACAAUUCAAUUUCCACCUUGACCCAACUUAUAGCCUUGUUUUUUUUAAGUCCGGCAGUGGGAAACUUAGAUUGCUUGCUCUUUCCAAAUGCAACGUUGAAGAGCCUCCACAUCAAAGCCAUACAUAUGAGCUCAACAGCCAAGUUUGCACCCAUACUACAACUGAAGCUUAGCUGCUCUCUUAUUAUCAUUUGAUUUAUGUUAUGUUCUUUAGGUUAACUUGUUUUAUUCCCGCUAUCGCAGCUAAAACAAUUACCCUAAACUGCUAUCUUUAUGGGAAUCACCCG